GAAAUCCUUUAAAAAUCGCGACUUGGAGCGGAUCGCCCUCUUCUCGCUUCUCAUCGCUCCACGUCUUCACGGACGGAACUAUCCGAGGUUGUCGCAAAAUUUUUUUCUCAGUUAGAAUCUGUGCGCGAUUUUUUCAUUUUCGUGUGAUUCGAUCCACGAUCCAGCCUAGGCACCACACCUCUCGUCCAUCAUCAGUGCCCGCCACAACAAAAUGAACCAAACGAAAGCCAUCCCGAACAAGCAAACGAAACGGGCAUUGCAACACUGUCGGGAAGAAGCUAAACAAACGGAUUCGUCGCGAAACCGACACGCCGAGGAACUCGCGGAGCGGUUAAUCAACAUAGAACCGAGACUCUCUAACAUCUCUUUACAACAAUACGCCACUGCCCUCCGCUUCGCGGCAGAUUUCGAGAAACAACGCACUCCAGAGAACUUCGACGUGGAGAAGUUCUACGAUCUCGUCCGUCAAUUUCCCUACUUUCCCACCCAUCCACCUCCUGGAACCUUUUACAUUAAAAAGAAAUUUAAACCCAACAGCCAGUUUUGGGGUCAAAUCUCAAGACCCCAAGUUAACGAUACCAUCCCUAUGUACAUUUCCCGUGAUCUUCUUCCCUAUCUUGUUCCAGUAAAGGCUUUUCGCAGCGCUCACCCUAAUCCUCCGCCACACCUGCAACCCGAUCCCAUCGAUAUGCUCGCGAUUACCAAUUUUUUGCUCCAAUUGGAACAAUUGGGUAUAUAGAU